AUGCCUUGUGCUGCCUCAAAUAUUCUGCUUGCAUUAUGUGUUAUUCUUGCUUUAUAUAGCACAAGAGGUGGCGUAGUCUCUGCUGCCCCUGGCCUUCCUGGAUCAUAUCCGGCUAUUUUAGCAUUCGGAGACUCAAUUCUGGAUACGGGAAACAACAAUCUUUUAGGUACCUCAACAAAAUGUAAUUACCCUCCUUAUGGAAGAGACUUUCCUGGAGGAAUACCGACAGGUAGAUUCGGAAAUGGAAAAGUUUUCUCCGACUUGAUAGCCGAACGUUCGGGAAUUAAAGCUAUACUGCCAGCAUUUCUAGACCCAAAUCUUAAUGACGAAGAUCUUGCGACAGGCGUAUGCUUUGCUUCAGGUGGUUCUGGAUUGGACCAACAAACAGCCAACUUACAGAAUGUAUUAUCAAUCACGGCUCAGCUCAAUCUCUUCAAACAAUACGUCGGAAAGCUAGAAGGGUAUGUUGGAACGGAGAAAGCCCAAGAUAUCAUAUCCCAAAGCUUGUACCUCGUGUCAUCCGGCAACAACGACAUCGCCAUCACCUAUUUUUCAACUCUGAGGAACGACAUCGAUGUAUACACAACACAACUGGUUCAACGGGCUUCCGCUUUCAUUCAAGAUAUGUAUGGAUUGGGAGCAAGGAAGUUCGCAUAUCUAACAACUCUGCCCUUGGGGUGCCUGCCAUCAGCCAGAAUUACGGCGGGAGGACUACUAGGAAAUUGUUUUGAAAUGGCAAAUGAAGCAGCAGCUUUGUUCAAUUCAAAGCUGGAAGCUGAAAUAACCAAUCUUAACAAUAACCUUCCUGGAGCUAACAUUUUCUUACUAGACGUCUACAGCCCUCUGCUUGAAAUCAUUCAGAAUCCCAACAAACAUGGAUUCUUUGAUUCCACACAUGGCUGCUGUGCGUCGGUAACAUUAAUAUGCACUUAUAUGGAUCCAUUGACAUGUCCGGUUACUUCUACCCAUGUGUUUUGGGACGCUGCUCAUCCUUCAGAAAAAGCAUACCGAGCUAUCAUCUCACAACUCCUUGGAUAG